AUGGCAAGCCUCGAUGCAGGACGUGUGAGCUCAGUGGGAGCAGCUGCAACUACAAGACGAGGAGAGGCAGAGAAGUCAGGAGCUAGCUAUGUCACUGCAAACGAGAUCCUCCUCGGCCUAGGCUUGGUCGGCCCCGACCUGGACGAAUUUGGCUUCCCACGAGAACUCUUCCCAACCACCAACGCUUCUUAUCCACCGGUGUGGAUUCGGGCCGUGUCUCAUGCCCCCACAUCCAAAUUUCUGUACGCUCAAGGCUCUUGUCACAUGCCUGUCUUGAUGCCUGACCAAAGCUUGAGCUCCAGCAACGCGACUUAUGCAAGAUCGAUGACUCCAGAUGAGAUGACCAUGCAAGAGCAGUCUAUGCAUGCCUCAUCUCCUACCUUGCCCCACGAGGAGGCUUCUCAUUUGUCGUGGAAAUACCAUCAUCGACAGGGAGACGACCGAGGUAAUGGCCAUCAGCCGUACAUGGACGUCGAUGUCUGUUCGGACACCGGACCCUGCCUCGUAUCCUGCUCAUCCCACUCAUCGAGUGACUUUCGUGUGCCGUGGGAAGACGACAUGCAGGCAUUCAGCAACCCGACCAUUUCGCCCUCAGAAAACCAUCCAAUCUCACAACCUCUGUUGUGCGAUGGUUAUCUACUACACUGGCCGGAGACUCUGGCAGCCGCUCAGCAGUCCGUCACCACUGUACAAUAA